AUGCGUGCCUACACCCUCUACGUCCUCGCUCUCUGCACGCUCGUCAUGCUGACCGCGGUGAAUGUGAUGGUCACCUUCCUGACGGUCCCAGGCGACUCCAAGUUGCACAACCAUGCCGAGCGAGAGUACACAUACGUCGGCGACGAUUUUCCCGAGCUGUGGCCGCUUCCGCCUACGCCCCCAGUCCUGCUGGUCGUCGAGAACCCGGCGCAUUACCCGAUCGCUGGCUUAGAUGCACGAGAGGAAUGGGCGGCGAAUACGCCGAAAGGUUUCGGCUACAUGCGCCUUGGCCCCGAGGGGAGAGCCUUCGCCGUCUCGAUGUUUCAUCAGCUCCAUUGCCUUCGUCUCAUGCGCUUCGCACUUGCCGGCGAUUACCGUGACCAGACGUUCGCGCACUUCGGCCAUUGCCUCAACUACCUUCGCCAACUCAUCCUCUGCAACCCCGACCUCACGUUGGAGCCUUACGACGUCCUGGAGGGCGAGUACGAUGUGAAGCAGGACGCUUCUACGCAUGUCUGCCAAGACUGGAGGCAAGUGUACGAUGCGAUGGCGAGUAAUUGGGACAACUGGUCGCAUUCUCACCCGCCCGUCGUUUCCCCAAAGGUCACCAACGCGACGGCUCCAUGUAUGUAA